CGCAAGGACGAGAGUCGACACGUGGUGUCGUCCAAGCCACCGAGUUCUGACGCCCGGCUACCCGAGAACCUCAGCGCGACGUUCGAUCACAUUGUCGGCCAGCUCGAGAUCAUUACGCGCACGCUGUCGAUCCUCGAAGAGCGCCUUUGUCACGCCGAAGACCGGAUUUCGGACGUGGCGCGCGUCCAGACACAAAUGCUGCGGCAGCAGAACGAACGUCUUAGCCCCUCGAAGCGCCUCGUCCACCCCCACGCGACCGACACAAGUCCGCACUAA